UUCCUCUGCCUCCAUUGCGGCAAGAGCUUCAACGUCAGCUCCAACCUCUACCGGCACCAACGGGCUCACGCCGCUGAACGGUCGGGUCCUCCGGCUCCGCCGGCGCGUCCCCGUGGGUUGCCGUAUAAAUGCGAAGAGUGCGGCAAGAGUUUUCGCCGUAACAAGGAGCUGGUGACCCACCAACGCUUGCACACCGGUCGCUUGCCCUUCCAGUGCGGUCACUGCGGUAAGAGCUUCAGUUGGAGCUCCCACUUUGACCGGCACCAACGCGUCCACACCGGUGAGAAGCCCUACCAGUGCUGUAAGCGUUUGAGCCGGAGCUCCCACCUCUACCGGCACCAACGCACCCAUGCCGGCGGUCGUUCUUACAUCUGCACCUACUGCGGGCGUAGUUUCGGUAGCACCCUCCAUUUUGACCGGCACCAACGCACCCACACUGGCCAACGACCCUACAAGUGCACCCUGUGCCGGAAAAGUUUUGGCGAUGGGCCGGCGUUGGUCAAACACCAACGCCUUCACCUGGGCGAUGGUCCAUUCCGUUGCGAAGAGUGCGGUAAAGCCUUCGGCGCCCGCGCCCAAUAUGCCCGCCAUCGGCGUAGCCUCCACGGCGGCAGCGAGAAACCGUACCGUUGCGGUGAUUGCGGG